GCUCCGAGGUCCGAGGGAUGAACCCUACAAAACCCAACAAGCAACAGUUAAUAGCCCUGUAUUUGGCUUUGACAGCCAUGGAAUCCACUCUAUGCAACUUGAAUAGAAAUAAUGUCUUCUCAGUCAAUCCGUCGGCUUCUGGUCGCGAACAGAGGCGAAAUUGCUGUUCGCAUCCUUCAGGCUGCACGUGAGCUUUCACCAUCAAUUGAAACAUUUGCUCUCUAUACAGAGGAUGACCGUUCUCACUGCGAUAUUGGUCGUCCCCAUCAUGCCGUGCAAGUGCCGUCCGCGGAGGCCUACUUGGACAUCUCACUGCUCAUUAAUCUGAGCCGUGAAUAUAACAUUGACACUGUGCAUCCCGGAUAUGGCUUUCUGAGUGAGAGUGCAGAAUUUGCCAGUCAUAUGCAUAAUGCUGGGGUUACUGUCGUCGGUCCUGGAUCGGAGAUUCUAGCCCAUACAAGCGAUAAACUCAAAGCGAAGCAGCUAGCAACGCAAUGUAGCGUCCCCAUACUACCAGCUAUGCCCAGCCCUACGGCUGAUCUGGAAGAGAUACAGGCAUUUGCGCAGCAGGUUGGUUACCCUGUCAUGAUCAAGGCGGUUGAUGGGGGAGGAGGGCGAGGUAUCCGCUUGGUGCGACAGGAAGAUAAGCUGGAGAGUGCCGUACGAGGAGCAAUGAGCGAGUCGCCAUCACAAACAGUGUUCGUGGAACAAGCCGCUGUGAAUGGGUUUCACCACCUUGAGGUUCAAAUCGUGGGCGAUGGUUCUGACGUGUGCCAUCUAUGGGAGCGUGAUUGUAGCUUGCAGCGUCGUUUCCAGAAGGUCGUUGAAUUUGCUCCAUCUCUUAUGAAAGACCGCACUGUGGUGAAGCAAGCAGUGAACGCUGCCAUUCGCAUGGCAAAGGCAAUCAGGUACCGGUCUCUGGGAACAGUCGAAUUUCUAGUCCAUGAACAGAAAAGCGAGUUUUACUUCCUCGAGAUCAACCCUCGCCUGCAGGUAGAGCACACCAUUACUGAGAACAUCACCGGCGUGGACUUGGUGCAGACACAACUACAACUUGCCAUGGGGUUUUCCCUAGCUCAAGUUGGAUUGUUGAACAGCCGUCCAGUCCAGACACGCGGCCACUCUAUGCAACUGCGGCUCUGCGCCGAGGAUCCAGGUAAAGAUUUUUCUUUGAGUAUAGGGAAGAUCACCAAGUUCAUCGUGCCCAAUGGCCAUGGUAUCCGGGUUGACACCCAUGUUGAUAUGACUGGGUCCAAUCCUGUUAUCGUGGGAGCGAAUUUUGAUAACUUGUUAGCAAAGAUUAUUGUCACUGCGUCUAGUUGGGAGGCAGCCGUCUCGAAAGCUCGGCGAGUAUUAGCGGAUAUACAAAUAUCUGGUGUGCAGUCAAACUUGAAUCUCUUGCGCGGGAUCAUUUCUCAGGAUAAUAUUUUGACUGGAGAGAUCGAUACACAAUGGCUGGAAAGGCACCUUGGGCGGGUGAUUCAAGCAGGAGAGGCGAUCGCCCAAUCUGUCCGCCGUGAAGAGCCUACGCAGCUGUUUUAUUCUUUCGGAAUGCCUGGUGUUUCAUCAUCGAAUCUCCUGUUUCGUCCUGGGGACGCCUGGUCAAUCACCCUGGAGCCCCUGGAGCCCCUGGAGCCCUUGGGGACCUUGGAACAGCAGCAGCAGCAGCACCAUUUACAACUUACUCGAGUUUUACAGAAUGAUUUCCCUUCUUCCAUGGCCGCAGAGAUUAAAUAUACCACAUCUUCUUCUGCCACAGCCUAUCGGUUACAUCUAGCAAGCACGUCUAGCACUGCAUCUGCUAUAGUUUCAUCUUCUCACCGCCGUGGAGAUGUUCGUAACGCACGUCACAUCGUGCUUCCUCUAUCGGGGAAGCUGAUCGAGGUUUUGGUAACAGUUGGGGAUCAGGUGGCGGAAAAUCAGGUAGUGGCAUUUGUUAAGCAGAUGAAGAUGGAACUUGAGGUACGAAGCCCGCGAGCCGGUCAAGUACAAUGGGCGUACAUAAUGGAGGAAGAGGAAGAGGACGUGGCAGAGGGAAUGCUGCUGGUAGAGCUAGAGGAGGAACUCCGGGGUAAACUGUAAAUGCGUUUCACAGAACUAUGUAGUGACAUAUUUUUCUGGCGAGCGUGUGUUG